UCAAAUAUAUCGGUGGAUCCAGAAUGCCAGUAGGACGUCGCCCCCUCAACCUCACGCCGACCGGCCCGGCCAUCAACGUGACGCUCAUGCAACACUUCGUGAAGCAUCCGCCGGCCUGCUUCAGCGUCAAGGAGCGGACGACUCGGUGGAGGAAGCAGCGCCGUCAGUACCUCAGUUCAGACCCCACCAAGAUCACGUCGUGUGCCAGGUCCGCAAAAGACAUCUUCUCGGACUCCAAAGGAGGGUGUCUCUGGGUUCACACCGAGGCAGAGCUUGAGACCCUGACGGAGACACUCCUCACCCUGCCCAUUUUCUUGACCGCGUGCUUGAAGAGAGAUCACCGAAAGACCAGCAACACGACACUUGUACACACAGGCAAAGCAGCGGUAAUCGUCAAUACCCAAAACGUGCAGAUCCAGCAUCACUUCAAAACACUGCUAGCAGAAGCUAUGGAUCUCAUGCGCGAAGGGAAGAAAUUUGCCGUCGAGUUCGACUUCAACUCGGUUCUGGAGGAGUGGCUGGAGUCCGUCUUUGUCAGCCGAGGCGAGGAGGGUAACACCUGGCCCUGGGGUAACACCCGCUACAUCAGCAGGCACGCUAAGAUCACCGUCACCAACUACGGGGAGAGGGCGCCGUGUUUCACCUGCCCGGACUGCAGCAAGACAACCUGCCGUGUACUGAGCUGGAGCUUCUUCCUGCCGUGCUGCUGCGUGGUCUGUCCGAUCUACAGGCUCCAGCGAUGCCUGAGAGUGACCGACCUUGGCGGACGGCUUCCCGAAGAGCUGUACGCUACAGCGUUCAACCCGACCAUGGAAAUCACGGACGCCGACUUCGCCCGUCUGGACUACAUGCGCCGUGCGGUUCAGAGCUUCGCCCGCUCCAACGGCAGUCCGAUCAAAAUCGACUCCCUUGGAAGGGUUCUUUGAAACACCAAAUUAGGUGUGGGGUUCCAACUUUGUCUUGAUUUUUUUCCUCCAAAUCAUGCCUUUUAAUUUUCUGAUACUCAACUGAUCUGUUUAAUUGGAAAUUUUAAGAAAAAGAAUAAAAACUUGACUCAGUGGAGCGACGGUUUGAGCUUGCGUCCGCCAGAACAAUAAUUUAUUCACGAGUCGGCCAUAUUGAAUUGAAAGCGAGGUAAAA